UUCUGUUACUCACAGCUUUUGUCACGCAGUUUCAGUGUAGCGAUCAACUUCAGGAGCUCCUCGUAGAUUCCUUGCGCUGCUUACUUUCAGUCAAGUCUUUUCUUUAGCUGCUCAUCUCAUCAGAUUUCCUAAAAACUUCACACAGCCGCUGAACUUUAAUCACCUGUGGAUUGUUUUUUUUUUCUAAAUAUAUAUUUUUUAUCUCCUGGUAAGAAAAUGUCACACAGCGGGAGCCUGGAUUUGGACAGAUACACCAGCUUGGAUAAAUCUCGUCGACCCAACAGUCGCAACCAAGCCAGGACCCUGGCCAGGAGCGGGGACGUCCUGUGCGACUUCUGCACAACAAAGAAGCAGAAAGCUGAGAAGUCCUGCUUGGUGUGCCUGGCAUCCUACUGUGAGACUCACGUCCAGUCUCACUACAACUACCCUACCCUGAUGAAGCACAAGCUGGUCAAAGCUACGGGUCAGAUGAGAGAGAAGCUCUGCGCACAGCAUGACAAGCUGCUGGAGGCUUUCUGUCGCACUGAUGAGACAUCUGUGUGCGUUUUGUGCAUGAUGGAUGAACACAAACACCAUGACAUCGUCCCGGCUGGCACUGAGAGGACUGAGAAACAAAAACAACUUAGUGUUACGCUGCACAAAUCCCAACAAAGGAUUGAUCAGAGGGUUAAAAAGUGGCAAGACCUCCGACAGGCUGUCGAAUCACUUAAACAUUCUGCUCAAACAGUCUUAGAGGAAAACGAGCGCAUAUUCACUGAGCUUCUGCUUUCCAUCGAGAGAAAGUAUAUUGAAGUCAAGGAAAUGAUCCGCACCCACGAAAGGACCACCGUGACCCAGGCCGAAACACUGCUGGAUCGUUUAGAAGAGGAGAUUACUCUGCUGAAGAAGAAGCACAAUGACCUGGAGUUGCUUUCACACACUGAUGAUCACAUACACUUCCUACAGAGUUGGCAGUCCCUGUCAGGCCCCUCGGGAUAUGAAGAUCUCAACAAAAUCAGAGUCGCACCCUAUUACUCCUUUGAUGCUACCAAGAGAGCCAUCUCUGCACUGAAAUUACAAGUGGAAGAAGUCAGCAAAGUUGAAAUGAGCAAAAUCUCAGGAGCAGUGAAGGAAGUCCACAUCACAGAAGAAAAUGAAGAAAGAAAGUCAAGAAGAGAAUCCGUGCUGAGGGAGGAACCAAAGAUAAGAGAAGAACCAAGAGCAAGAGAAGAUUUCUUGAGAUAUGCUGGUCAGCUGAUUCUGGAUGUCAACACUGUUCACCCCAACCUUCACUUGUCUGAGGGUAACAGAGCUGCCACGAUGAAGAAUGAACCCAAGAACUACCCUGACCACCCUGACCGAUUUGACCACUGGCAGCAGGUGUUGUGCAGGGAUAGUGUGAUUGGGACUCGUUGCUACUGGGAGGUGGACUGGAAGGGAACAGAGAUAGAUGUGGCUGUUACCUACAGAGGAAUCCGUCGUAAAGGGAAUGCCAAUGAAUGCAGCUUCGGCUGGAAUGACAAGUCCUGGAGUCUGUACUGCUCUGACUCCAAAUUCUCUUUUGUGCACAACAACAAAAGCACAGACAUCACAGCUCCGGUGUCUUCUCGUAUUGGCGUGUACCUGGACCAUGCAGCAGGAACACUGGCAUUUUACAGUGUCUCUGAUGGCAUGCGUCUUUUGCACAAGAUCCAGACCACAUUUAAAGAGCCACUCUACCCUGCAUUCAGUGUGUGGGGCUUUGGUACGAGUAUAAGACUGUAAGAUAUUCUUCAGACUUACAUUCUCCUUAAAUCUGUGACAUCUAGCACGUGGUGUUUGAGUCAUUUUUGCUGGUUUUAUCUUCUUUUAUUUAACUUUUUCCUGAUAAGUCUUUUUAUGAGUGUUUUGGUUACAGGUUGCUCUUUUAAGGGAAAUUAAGAUAUAACGGGUGCCAUUAGUAAGUAGAAAAACAUUAAAUCAUUGAUCAGGAUGCUUUCUCACGUUUUCUUUCUUUCUCUUUAUUAUGUUAAUGUAUUAUAUAUUUACAUCACUGACAUGUUGCACAUGUCUGUAAAAUACAUUUUUUUAAAUAUUGCUACUGAUUAAUUUGUCAUUUUCUGUAAUCUUAUUAAAAACACAAUAAAUAGAAAGUGACUCACAUUACUGGGAAUGACGUUGCUGUAAGGGCUGAUGUUAAUCAGUCUAUUAAUACGUUAUUCCUUCAACAACUUAGAUUCAACAGUUUCUUUUCUUGUUCAAGUAAGUGACUAAAAAAAUGUAAUAUCAUAAUACCAUGUCAUAUUGACUGAUACUGACUAUUUUAACUAAUACUGGCCACUUAUUAAACACUUUUGAAUUUCAUCAGCAA